GUCUUAGUACCGUUUUCAUGUCGAGCAUGACUCAUAGCUGUAGAAAGAGCAAAGAAGAUUUUAAAAGAAAUAUUGCACUUAAAUUAGUUUAGACAGCAUGACAUCAGAGAGUAAUUAAACUGGUUUUUGUUGGAAUUCCGUUUCCAAUUCCUGAGUUCAGGUUUGUAAAGAUUUCUGAGCACCUGCAGGUUUCUGUGUGUGAAAUAUUUUCACUGGACGAGGUUCAAAACUUAGAGGGGGAAAAAAAACUCUUCAGCGGCAGCAUUACGCCAUUCUUCCCUCUUGGAAAAAGUGGGAUUUAAACAAGUCUCUUACAAGAUAUCGAGCAGAAUUGCAGGAGUUUAAGGGAAGUCAAGUUUCCCCUCUCAAUGCAAACCGUUCUCCCGGAGUGCCUUCUCUUCGCUGGAAAGCACAGCAAGAAGAAAGCGAUUUGUAUCACUAUGGUACUGAAUAGCGGAGCGGGAGAAAACGGUUUGCACACUUUAAUUCUCCAAAGGAAACAGAAUUUCAGCCUACAGCUGCUCUUUUGCAAAGUCGUUCAUGUUUUCUUAUUUCAAACUGGAAGAACCUGUGAGCAUUUCUUUCUCGGUGAGAUUCAAAGGAAGAUCAGAGGAUGAAAGUACAGAAACGUAUCCCUCUUUUCCUGGGGUGUUGGACUCUGUUUUACCUGGAAUUUAUCCCCGCGAUAUUGAGCCACACAGGGACCGCACACGGCGCAUCUGAACACUUACAGGAAGAUAACACGGGCGUUGGACACGAGGGAUCACAGCCCAGGAGCGCGGGUACAGCUAAACUCAUGGUGGGGAAUUACGGCACCGCGCUGCGAAAACCCACGAAUGGAGCGCGUAUCACGCGCAUAAGGACGGGACCCCCGCUGAUUAAAGGCGAGUCCACCAAAACCAAAACUUUGACAACAGUGACAGCGCGAAGCAGCGCAGCAUCUAGUCAAGUUCGAGGGGCGAUAAAUUUAGGAAGAAAAGAGGCAGCGCGCUCUUGGGUACCUGGAAACACCGCUAGAGCAAACGCCCCUACAGCACCAUGGGCUUUAGCCGCACACGCAGGCAAAGUCCCGGAAGGACGGGGGAAAGUAAAGACUGUCAAAACAGCUUCGACGCCGACCAGGACAGGACAGCAGAAAACUGCUGUUUUGCAUAAACAUGCCUCUCUGCUCGCGCAGAGGAGUUCGCAACCCGCUGAGACGCCCGGUGAUAGAGACACUCCAAAGCACCCGCUGGUGACCCCACAUGACUACAUGUUGUCACUGUAUUGGUCACUGUCCACGGGAGAAGUCAACAGCAGCGUGUUACACGAAGCUGGUUUGGCCAAUACUAUCACCAGUUUUGUGGACAAAGGACAAGACGAGUGGCAGCCGCAGCUGAGGAGGCAGAGGUACCAGUUCAACAUCAGCUCCCUGGAGAAGGAGGGCCUGCUGGGGGCGGAGCUUCGGAUCCUGCGGAAGAGGCAGGCGGACCCCCGCAGGGCCCGGUCCACGGGGCCCGUGUUCAGCCUGAGGCUCCUCACCUGCCCCGCAGGUAAGCAGAAGGCCGCGCUGCUCCAGACCCGAGCCGUGGAGGACCGCGACGCGCCGAAGUGGGAAGUGUUUGACAUCUGGAAACUCUUCAAGAACUUCAAGAACGCAGCGCAGCUGUGCUUCCAGCUGGAGGCGGCGGAGCGCGGCGGGCGGCCGGCCGACCUGCGGACCCUGGGCUUCGGCCGCCAGGGGCGCCAGACCAAGGAGAAGGCCUUCUUCCUGGCGUUCGGCCGCACCAAGAAGCGGGACCUCUUCUACAACGAGAUCAAGGCCCGCUCCGGCCACGACAACAAGACGGUGUACGAGUACCUGUUCACCCAGAGGCGGAUGCGCCGCGCCCCCGCCGCGCGGGGCAAGAAGCCGCUCAAGAGCCCCAGGCCGCGCUGCAACCGGCGGCAGCUCCACGUCAACUUCAAGGAGAUGGGCUGGGACGACUGGAUCAUCGCGCCCCUGGAGUACGAGGCGCACCACUGCGAGGGGGCGUGCGACUUCCCCAUCCGCUCCCACCUGGAGCCCACCAACCACGCCAUCAUCCAGACCCUCAUGAACUCCAUGGACCCCGACUCCACCCCGCCCACCUGCUGCGUCCCCACCCGCCUCAGCCCCAUCAGCAUCCUCUACAUCGACUCCGCCAACAACGUGGUCUACAAGCAGUACGAGGACAUGGUCGUGGAGUCCUGCGGGUGCAGGUAGCGGUUCUAUGGUCGCCGAGGAAACCCGCCGUCAGCGUCCCACCCCAAAUCUCACAGGGAUUCAGAGCCUCAGAGCCUCUGAUCAGCCUUAUCAGACUACAGAAAGGGUGCUGGACCUUGCCCCAUGGUUGGCCCUUGGUUUCAAGUCAAGCCUACCCAUUAGCGAGAAAAGAUUUGGGUGAUUCAUAUCAGUAGAUGAUUCAUAUCAGAUCUGUUGACUCAUAUCGGUUGGUUGUUUCGAUCCCUUAUCACAUAGACUUAGUUUACUGGUAGCACUGGCAGAUUAAUGAAGUGUCAGGAAGUUUCUGAUUAAUUAAGUGCUUCCUGGUGCAAAAUUCCACACACAGCAGUCAGUGGUGGGUCGAGAAUGUGGACCAUGUUCAGACCCAGAAUGCAAAGUGCUUCUGAAUGACACUAAGUGCCCGCAUGGUGCCUUCCUGCACUCACUCCCCCACCCCC